AUGAAGUUCCUCGCCAUCCUCGCCGUCGCCACCCACCUAGCCACCCCAGCUCUGGCCGACUUCUUCAUCUACCAGGGCCUGGAGAGCUACAUCGACGUGGGGACGUUCAAUACGUACUCGUUCUUCCGGGGGCCGCCCGACUGCAACGACGUGAACAACGCGCCGCGGUACGACGAGUCGGACGACGUCAGCGGCGACAAGCAGGGCGUGGCGUGCGACGGCCCGGGCUGCUGGCAGGCUAACCCCAACGACAUCGACCGGCUCGAGUUCAACACGCGCUUCGGCCACUUCACCAUGUACAAGGACCGCGGCCGCGACAUCUUUGACAUAUGGGGCGGCAACGUCGGCCACUGCGACCCCGACACCAGCCACCACUACGAGUGCCCCAGCGGGCCGUACCCCAGCCCCCUUAGCGGCAAGCGCGUCUUCUUCUGCCGGGCUAGCUUUGGUCCUUGA